AUGAAGUCAAUUCCUUAGGCCAUUGGCGUGGCUAUAGAGGGUGUCAUACGCACCAGAAACUUAUCCCAUUAAUCCCAUUAAUGCCAUAAAUCUAAAGCAACAAACAAACUUAGUAAAGAUCUGAAAAAAAGGAGGAAGCAGAAGCAACAAGCUAAAGAGUGAAAGACAUGUCUGCUCCCACAACUUCUGCUACAAAUGUUUUUGGGUUCGGAAGCUUCACCACCAUGCUUCAGAAGGUGGACUCAGUUACCACUUCUUCGCUUCCUGUUCCACCUCCAAAGCCGCUUCUGAUUGCCACGCCUUGUGAAGCAGGAGAAUUCCCACUAAUCAUUUUCCUCCAUGGUUACCUUCUGUACAACACUUUCUACUCUCAGCUUCUCCAACAUGUUGCUUCCCAUGGCUUCAUUGUCAUUGCUCCUCAGUUGUACACCGUGGCUGGAGCAGAUGCAACUGAUGAGAUUAAGUCCACAGCUGCAAUAACAAGUUGGUUAUCCAAAGAAGUACUGCAAGGCUUGCUUCCACCGUAUGUUCAGCCAAAUUUAAGCAAGCUCGGACUCGCUGGCCACAGUCGAGGAGGCAAAGUUGCUUUUGCACUAGCUCUGGAGAAAGCAAUGACUACAUUAAAGUUUUCAGCCUUAAUAGGUGUAGACCCCGUCGAUGGAAUGGAUAAAGGGAAACAAACGCCUCCUCCAGUACUAACCUAUGUUCCUUAUUCAUUCAAUCUUGAUAUGGCAGUGAUGGUUAUUGGUUCAGGCCUUGGUGAAGUGAAAAGAAAUUCUUUGUUCCCCCCUUGUGCCCCUAAGGGAGUCAACCAUGAAGAUUUCUUCAAAGAAUGUAGGAAACCGGCUUGUUAUUUCGUUGCAAAGGACUAUGGUCAUCUUGAUAUGUUGGAUGAUGAUACUAAAGGGAUCAGAGGACGCUCAUCGUAUUGUUUGUGCAAAAAUGGGAAGGCUAGGGAGCCCAUGAGGAGGUUUGUUGGAGGAGUUGUCGUUGCUUUCAUGGAAGCUUAUCUAAAUGGAGAUCAAACUGACUUGAUUGCUAUAAGAGAUGGGUAUGAAACUGCACCUGUGGAGCUUAAAACUGUUGAAUUUCUUGUUUAACACUUAAAUAGGUUGGUUAAGGAGUUAACCAUACUAGCAACCAAUAUGUAGUAUCAAUAUUGCUAAUUGCCCUUUGAUGACAGUAUUAUAUGGUCAAAAUCUUUUCUUUCUCCUUA